AUGGGGCUGACAGAAAACAGAUAUAUCAAAGAAGGGAGAGAGUUGUGCGCUGCACUUAAACAUGCCGAUACUGAAGCUUCGGAGCGCUUGGUGCAGCUCAACAACAACUGGGUACGGUUUGGGUCCCAGCUCAAUUUCUUCCAGCGCAUCCAGAAUGCGAUGCAAGAAGAGCACCGCGAGGUGUAUAGUCAGACCCUGCAGAUACUCCAAAACAAGUUGGACAUCGUGGUGUCUAUACUAAGGAGUUUCAUAAAACUGCAGCCUGCAAACGAGAAUGGGACAGCACCACCCAAUCUCAAGGUCCAGCGAUUGAAAUUCGCAGCUAAGAAGAGCAGCUUGGAUGAAGCCAUCGACGAUCUCGAGAAGUGGCAAGGGCUAGCCGACCAGUCCUGGUUUUUGCUCCUAAGAAUCGCGAAUACCCAAGUUGAUCAGGCCUUGACUACAAGCGGCAGCCACAAUGAGCUCAGUACAGGCGUAGCCAUGCCAGAAACGAUGGCUAUACGUGCUGGUUUGCAGCAGGUUGAUGAUCUCUCACCAGAUACAUCAGCAGUCAAAAACAUUACCCUGCGCUCCAGCGAUAUAAAGACGAUGACCGUCCAGGCCAUUUCUUUCUGCGAUGGUAUCGCACUUGCCACGAAAGCGCAUUCGGACGGAUCAGCGAGCAGGUACAUCCUAAACCACAUGCAAUGUGAACCUGGUGCGAAGCCGCAGAUACUGAAGCGCAACGUCCGCGACCUUGUACGAAAGCUUCAGGCCGACAAGCCGCACAGUUUCGGCUUACUGAAGUGUAAGGGCUUCGUAGCAGAAUCAGUCCAGGUAGGACUUGGGGAAAAUCUCUCGUUGACUAUGGUUUUCAGAGAACCUCCGGCUUCACAAAACCCUAGAAGCCUGCGGGAAAUGUUACUCGCAUCGUCGACAUGCGUGUCUACUACUCGACGGCUCCAUAUUGCGCGAGAUUUGGCUAGGUCCAUUGGUUAUGUGCAUACCUUCGGCUUUGUGCACAAAAACGUACGUCCGGAGUCAGUCCUCGUUUUUGACGAUGCCGACGGACAGGGUAUUUCCGCAUUCUUAGUCGGAUUUGAAAACUUCCGACGAGACGAAGGCUGGACGCAGCGCCGAGGCGAUGACGCGCCAGAUAAGAACCUAUACAGGCACGCAUCUCGGCAAGGCUUCAACCCUCGCGAUGAUUACGAGAUGCGCCACGACAUAUACAGUCUGGGUGUAUGUUUGUUGGAAAUAGGUCUUUGGAGUAGCUUCGUCGAAUACGAUCCGGCAACCUCAGCGCGCAGUCUUUCGCAACAGCUCACAACGCCGUCUGGGAAAGACAGAGAGAUCGCGUCGACAUCUCUGCGAGACCCGACAAAGGAUGUCUUCAUCGCUCUCGCACGAUACCGUCUCCCAGGUAGCAUGGGCGACAUGUACGCGGAGGUUGUGGAGACGUGUUUGACGUGUUUGGACCGCGGCAACCUUGCUUUCGGAGACGAGGAAGCGUUCGAAGACGAGGAUGGGAUUCGCGUUGGCGCUCGGUAUAUCGAAAAGGUUCUUAUUCGCCUCGGGAGGCUAAAUAUGUAG